AAGUGAAAUUGUGUUUUUUUUUUAUUGUCUUUGUGAAUUAAAAAUGUAUAAAAGUUGGAGAAAAUUGAUCCAAUGUUGAUUAAUUUAAUUGUCUUAUUUAAUUGUCAUUAUCAGUUAACCUGCUCUUGACCUUGUACAAAUAGAUUGUAAAUUUGGUUGAACCUUUUUGGUUUUUCUUUUCUUUUCUUUUUUUUUUUGCUUUUCCUUUCUUCUUCUUUUUCUUAAUUUUUCUUUUUGUUUAUAUUAUAUAUAUAUAUAUCAUUCUAUUAUUAUUAUUAUCUACUGGAUGGUUCCAAUCAUGGCGGCAUCAACGGCAGCCGAGGCAACAAUAAACUGCUGCUCAUCAACUGAAUUAACAUCACCAGAAAAUAAUAAUAAUAACAAUUCUGAUGUUGACAAUAAUACGGAGGGAAAUGAGAUGGAUAACAUUACCAUUGAUACAAAGGAGACCAUUAAAAAUUGUAAUUUUCUAUCCAGUUCCAAUCUUAAUAAUACCACCACCACCACCACAACAACCAUAACCAAUACUAUUACUACUACAACUACCACAGAUAAUGUUUCUACCACUACCAAUACCACCAAUAUCAACACAACAGCAACAACAGCAACAGCAACUGCAACAACCACUACAAGUAAAACCCCUACUGCUAAAACUAUAUGUACUAUUACUGAGAUCAUUAAUGCAGUAGCUUCUUUACCAUCUAAUUUAUGUCCAGAUACAAGUAGUAGUAAUGAUAUUAAUAGUGAUUAUAGUAUGGCAAGUGGUGGUGGUGAAAUGAAUGUCAAUAAUUUAGACAAUAUAAGUGUUAAAACACCCGAUUCUGAUUGUUUCACUCAACCUCUUCCACCAUCUAAUCUUCCAGUCUUACGUUCAGCAUCUAAUCAUAGUUCAACAUCAUCAUCAUCAUCAACAUGUAAUCGUACCAUUGAUACCGAGGGAACUACAAAUUUAAAGCCAGAAAAGGUUAAAUCACGAUGGAGGAGAAACAGUGAACUUGAAUCUGGACAUGGGACCGACCAACAACAUGCUUAUAUGAAUAAUUCAUCAUCAUCAUCAUCAUCAUCAUCAUCUUCUUCUUCUUCUUCAAACCUACAAGGAUCAAGUUCAAUGGUCAAUAACAAUAAUAUCUCAAUGGAAUCAACUAAAACCUCACCUUUAUCAUCAUCUCUAAAUAAUUUGACACUUAAUUUACCUAAAGAAACAGAUCCAGUUCCCGAUUAUGAUCAUAUUGAUGAAAAUAUUUACCUUUUUGAAAGAAAAAAGUGUAAAUUGAAAAAGGAAAUGCGUCGUAUGGUUUGUAAUUGUAUUUUAACAAAAGAGGAAAGACAAAGAGGAGUCUUGGGAUGUUUAGAUGAUUGUCUUAAUCGUAUGUUAAUGAUUGAAUGUGGUAAUAGAUGCUUAUUGGGAGACCAUUGUGCCAAUAAGCGCUUCCAGAAGAGACAAUUUGCCAAAGUUGAACCAUUUAAAACGAGUAAAAAAGGUUGGGGAUUACGAACAAUUCAACCAAUUCAACCUGGACAAUUUAUCGUUGAAUAUGUUGGUGAGGUGCUUGAUCCACGAGAAUUUAAAAGUCGAGUUAAACGUUAUUCAAAAGAGAAUCGUGAACAUUAUUAUUUUAUGGCUUUGAAAAGCGAUGAGAUUAUUGAUGCAACUCUCAAAGGAAAUUUAACUCGAUUUAUUAAUCAUAGCUGUGAUCCAAAUGGUGAAACUCAAAAAUGGACGGUUAAUGGUGAAUUAAGGAUUGGAUUUUUUGCUUCCAGAUUAAUUGAACCUGGUGAAGAGAUUACAUUUGAUUAUCAAUUUCAACGUUAUGGUAAAAAGGCUCAGAAAUGUUUUUGUGAGGCAACAAAUUGUAGAGGUUUUAUUGGUUCAACCAAUUCAACCAGUAUCAAUAUUGAUGGAUCUCUAAUUGUACCAAAACAACAGCGAUCUCUUGAGAAGCAAACUGGUGAAGAAGAGAAACAAACCGAGGAAGAAUUUGAAGAUCUUGGUUUAGAUGAAGAAAUUGCCAAAUUAACGGCCAGUGGUGGUAUAAGAAAUCGACAGCAAACUCUUAUGCUUGCUCGUUUAAUGGUUAGAGCAGAGGAUACACCAAAUCGUAGCAAAUUAUUACAAGUUUUAAAAAGUACUCAAGAGGUUGCUUAUUUAAGAUUAUUCUUAGACUAUCAUGGUCUUCAACUUUUAUGGAGCUGGAUGGUUGACCUGGAAGAUAUUUACCUGAAAGGUGAAAUCCUUGAGGUUUUGGCUAUCCUACCAAUACCCAAUAAAACUGUUCUCAAGGAUAGUAAAGUAUUAGAUGUUGUUGAACGGUGGGCCAAGCAAGCAGAAAGUGAAGCAAAUCAACGUAAAGAUGGUGCUCUAUCUGUCAAUGCGCAACUGCCUCUAAUUGUGGAACCAUCAACAACAAUAAUAACAACAAUAACAACAGUAUCAUCAUCUCCUUUGGCUGUUCCAGUGAAAAAGGAAGAUAAACAAGAAGAAAAUCAAUCAUUAAAAGAAACAGAGUCACAAAGGCUAAAACCAUCAUCAUCCUCAUCAUCAUCAUCAUCAUCAUCAUCACCAUCACCAUUAUCUAAACAAUUGAAUGAUAAAGAAGAUGAACCAUCUAAGAAAUUGGAUGUAACCGAUAAAAUUGUAAAACAAGAAGAAGAAGAAGAUGAAGAAGAGGAAGAAGUAAAAGAUGAAGAUGAUGCCGAAGAGGAAGAAGAAGACAAAGUAAAAGCUACAAUUGAAUCUGUGGUCAAGUCAGAAAGUGAAUCUAUCGUUAAAGAGGAAGUAAUUAGUCAAUCUAAAGAGGAAAUAGUGAAUCAAAAUGAAACUGCCGAGGGUAAACUUACCAACAAUAACAGUAUUGAACCCAUGGAGGUUGGAGUAAAAGAUUUACCUGUUGUCGAUGUACCAGUUGAAAUUGAACUUGGAUGUGAAAUUGAGAUUAAACAAGAUGUUAAUGGUGUUGUUUAUACCGAGACGGCAACAAGUGAAAAUCAAUCUGCUUCCAGUACUCCUGGAGAUUCAACACCAGGUAAACCUGAACCAAUUAAAGCUCGAGAAACUCGAUCUUUGUCCACUUCUUCAACAACCUCUUCAAUUGACGUUUCAACCUCUUCAACAACAACAACAACAACGACAACAACACCAACACCAUCAUCCACAUCUAAUGCACCUCCAGUUACCGCUGAAAGAGUAAUUGGUAGACGAGUUUCGGUAAAAUCUCGUAAUGAAAUUAAAGAUGAUACCAAUAAGGAAUCCAAAGUACCAAAAGAAUUGGUUAAACCGAUUCCUGAUAUUGUAAUGUUAACAUCUAAAUUACUUUAUCUAUGGAAAGAUUUGAAAGAGGUAUUCAGGAUUCCCCGACUUGAGAGACAGAAACGUCUUGAAGAUGAGAAAGAAGCUGAUCGUAAAGCUGUCGAAGAGCAAGAAAGAAAAGCUCGAGGUCUUCCAAUUUUCUAUGAUCCUAAGGUGAAAAGAGGUAUCGAUAAUCGUGACAAUACCAUCGCUGGAAUCCUUAGGUUACGUGAAUUACGUAAAAAGACCGUUAAGAGGCCUUCAGAUGAUAAAAAAUCAGUACAAAACAAUUUAAAUUCCUCAUCACCAGCUUCAAAUACAAACAGUGGCAGUGGCAGUGGCAUUGGUGCUACUCUUAGUGGAGCAAGUGGUGGUAAUGUAAAUUCAGAUGCUGCUACAGGUCCAACACCACCCAAAGUCAAUAAAGAAGUUCAUAGGAUGCAAUUUGAAAUGGAAUUGAUGAGAAAAGAUUAUUCUGCUGCUCUUGAAAAAUAUCAUGAAGAGAUUCGUCAAUAUAAAGAGAAAAUGUUAAUGCUUCAACAUCAAAAUCAACAAUUACCUGGACCUCAAUCAUCUUUACCUAUUUAUCCAAAUUUAAAUCAUCUACCAGUACCCCAACCACCAACUUUUGACUCAAAUUAUUUACCAUCUCAUGGUAAUUUACCAAUACAACAUCAAAGCCCAUUUAAAACAGGACAACAAGUGUUCAACAAUUCACCCAAUUUAAUCAGUUUACCCUCUCAUCCACCACCGCCCGUACCUCCAACCGCCCUUGGUAUGUUUCCCGAAGCAGCCAAUCUAUUUACCGGUUACGGUGUAAAUAGUGAUUACUCCUCAAAUUCUGGUUUAACAACACCGGUAACCCCUGUUGCCCCAUUGACACCGCUUACACCAUCAACCGAUUAUCAUCAACAAACAUAUAAUCUUGAGUCUCAUCAUCCUAAUCACAUAAACACCAUAACAACUACCUCUCAACAAUUUUCUUCUUCUUCUUCUUCUUCCCAUCCAUCAAAUAAAUUCAUCUCAGAAGAAUCAACAUUUAGAUUAAAAGAUAAUAGACCCGAUUUUGGUUCUCCAUCAAACAAUAGUACAUCUGAUUGUAACCAAUCAUCAUUAACCAAUUACUUGUCAUUUUCCUCAAUUCCUGUAUUAAUUGAUUGUACUGUUAGUCUUAAUCAUACUCUAAUGUCAGAUGAAGAAGCUGUUAUUUCAACGGAUUAUGGUGUUGAGUAUGUCCCUGUUAAAAAAUCAUCCUUAUUACCAUCAUCAUCUCCACUAAAAUCAUCGUCAACAACAUCAUCAUCCUCAUCAUCAGGAACCACCACCACCACCACAACAACAACAACAACGACAACGACCAACAGCAAAGAUAAAUCUUGUUCUAAUAGUAACAAUAAUUCAAGUAGCAUUAAUUGUAAUAUUAGUAUUAGUGGUAAUUCUAGUAACAAUGAUAGUCAUGAGACUCUUUUUAAUAGUGUUUAUCCAGCCCCAGGAACCUAUUAUUUAACACCAGAUGAUAAUUGUUACUUUGUUCCACCUCCAUUUGAUCUUCAUGGUCACCAAAUUGAACCAUUUAUAUUUGAAAAGGUUCCAACACCAUUUUUACCCACCUUCACCAAAGAGUCAAUACAAACAGCCCUUCCUCCCAAUUGGCGUUGCUCAAAAGACAAUUAUGGAAAUGUAUAUUAUUACAAUAAGGUGACAAAAAUGGUCCAAUGGGAUUUACCUGAGAUGAAUUUGAUCACUGAGACAAUUAAAUCAAAGAUGAAAGAAACUGAUACUAUUAUAACCAAUACAAUUGAUAGUAGCAGUGUUAACAUGAUCACCACAACUACCAACAUCAUAACCACAACCUCCAUAAAUAAUAAUAAUACUGAUAAUACAUCUCAAGAUGAAUCAAGAGUACAAUCACAGCAAUCAUCAUCAUCAUCAUCCUCAUCAAUGGGACAGCAAACACCUAUAGAUGUACAGCAACAAUUAACACAAUUGUCAUCAGAUCAAUCAUCAAUUGAAAAAAUGGAAACAUGUACAGAGCAACAGCAAAUUGAUAAUAAUUCAAAUACCAAUUCUGAUGGAGUUACUACUUUAAUUACAACAAAUGAAAAUACCGGAAACAGUAAUGAUGAUAAUAAUGAUGAUGAAACACCAUCGGUAACCACAACAGCACAACCUUCUAAAGAAACAUCACCCCAAUUAUCCUCAGAGGAACCAUUAGUCAAUGGUGGUGAAUCUGGAUCACCUGAUAAUGUAACAACAAAUGAUGAUUCAACCAGUGAAUGUAUGGGAACACCAAGUCAUACCUUACCUGGUUCUUAUGAACCUGAUCCCAGGAAAAGGCGAUCAUCUUCAACCAAUAGCAUUGGACUUCCCCAUCAUACCAAUAAUAAUAGCACCUCAACAACUCCAUCAGCAACGACAACGACAACAACAACAACAACAACCAAUAAUAAUAACGAUAGUGAAAGUAAAAAAUCACUAGCAAUUGUUAAAAAUUUCUCAUCUCUCAUGGAAAUUAACGAUGGUGAUCUGAUAGCAUCAAAUAGGCGAGAUCGAGGUGAUAAAAAGGAAAGACGAAUCAAGGAAAAGUUUAAAGCAGAGAUGUCAGAGCAUAUUAAAUAUUGUCUUAAUCCAUACAGAAAAAUUGAUUGUAGGGUGGGACGAAUUUUAUGUAAUGAUGAUUUUAAAUAUGUUGCACGCCGGUUAACUCAUUUUGUUAUGCUUAAAGAGCUUCGACAUUGUCGAAACAUUGAAGAUUUAUGUUGCAGUGAAACAGUUAAACAUAAAGCUAAAGAGUAUGUGAAAAAAUACAUGGCCGCCAAGGGACCCAUCUAUCGGCCAGAAGCAAAUGAAGAGAUUUGUAAGGAUAAAGAAAAGUGUUCACCCAACUCAUGAUAACAACCAAAAUACAAACAAAAUCCUAAACUCGAAUAAGAAAGAAGAAGAAGAAGAAGAAGAAGAAAAAGAAAAAGUAACAACAAAGUUAUCAUUAAAUCCAUAUAAAAACAAAUAACAAAUUGCAAUGUCCAUACGAGUCCAAUUUUUCAUUCAAUUUGUAAAUAAUGAAAACAAAGAGAAACUUGAGUUGACAUAAAAAACAAAACAAAACAAAACAAAACCACAAUGAACAUACAUAUUGAUUUUGAUGAGCGAAAAUUGAAAAUAAAAAACAAAACAAAAUUGGAGCAGCAACUUAAUCACAAUUAGAUGAGUUAAAACAAAGACAAUGGAAGACAGAAAGAAGAAUCAUAAAGAAAGAGUUUGAUCAUCAUCUUAAUCCGUUUCAUCAUCAAUUCAACGAUCAUCAUCAUCAUCAAUCUCAUCAUCUUGACAUCAUCUUCUUUAUCAUCAUCUAAAAGUCAAUCACAUUUGAUGAAAAUAAAAAUUAUUGCCAGUUAUUUAUCAUUGGAUAACUAAAUUAAU